GAAGUAAUCUUGUGUGUUUCCAACCUCACGUUUAGAUGAUAGCACCUCCUGUUAUCAGCAGCAGCCGAGGCUGCAGUAAGUGCUGUCUGCUUUAACCUCAGCAACAGUUUACCAAGGCUUCUGUAAGAGCACCUGUCAAACCCACUACCAAGGCAGAUGGCCAGAGGGGAUAAAACAGAUGAUGGAAUAGAUGAAGACAAUGGAAAGUUAAACAAGUUUAUAAAGUAUGAUGGCAUUGGGUGAAUGUGCAGUGUUUUUCUCAAGGAGCUAAGAGCAAAAGGGUAUAAGCUUAAAGUGAAAGGGAAGAAAUUUAUUAGGAACCUGAAAGACAACUUUUUCACCCAGAGAGUGGUCUAUAUAUGGAAUGAACUGCCAGAGGAAGUGGUUGAGGUAAGCACAUAAACAAGAUUUAAAAGGAACUUUCACAGGUAAUGGAUGGGAAAGGUUGAGAGGUAUGUAAGUCAAUCACAGGCAAAUGGGACUAGCUUAGAUGGGAAUCUUGGUUGACAUAGAUUAUUUGGACCAAAGAGUCUGUUUCAUACUGUCUGACUCUAUGACUAUAACCUACAGGAUGAUGACAGAUUGUAGUGGUGCUAGAAAGUUUGUGAGUUCUGUAGAACUUCCUCUUUUUCUGCAUAAAUAUGAACUGAAAUAUGAUCAGAUCUUCAUGUUAGUCCUAAAACUAGAUAAAGAGAACCUAAUUAAAUAAAUAACCCAAAAAGAUUAUACUUCAUUUAUUUAUUGAGAAAAAUGAUCCACUAUUACAUUAAUUUGUUGGGAAAAGUAUGUGAACCUCUAGGGUAAUGCCUUCUAUAAAAGUCAAGUGUUCAAAUCAAUGAGAUAAGAUUGGAGGUGUGGGUUGUCAAGGUGCCGUAACGUAUAAAAUGACACAUAAAGUCAGAUUGCUCUUCUCAAAUAAGAUCCGUUUACGUGCACCAUGCCUCAAUCAAAACAACUUUCAGAGAAUCAGAGAAGAACUGUAGAGAUGCAUGAAGCUGGAAAAGGCUACAAAAGCACUUCUAAAGACCUCAAUCCACAGUAAGAGUAAUUGUCUCCAAAUGGAGGGAUCUCAGUACUUCGCUACUCUCCCUAGGAGUGGGCAUCCUGCAAAGAUCACACUAACAGAACACCGUGCAAUGCUGAAGGAGGUGAAAAAGAACCUGAGGUAACAGCAAAAGACCUGCAGAAAUCCUAGCCUAAUUGUCCAUGAGAAGCUGGUGUCCCAUGAGCUGGCGCAGCAGCAGCCUUUCAGACCUGGUGUUACUUUAAUUUAAUUUUAAUUUUCUAUUUUAAGUUUGAUACAUAAUUUUCGAUUAGGGCACAUGGAUAACAGAGCGGCUAUCUACCAUCGCCAAAUACUACUAUAAUACAGAGAUCGCCCAAAAGCAAACCACAACUAUCUGCUAGCUGAAUUAUGCGAUGUCGGCUUGCUGAGGGGAAAGGGUCUACGAUCCUCAGAUUUGCCUGAUGUUGGGAGCCAGAGAUGGAGACAUCGAAAGUGAUGUGCCAGGAAGCAGAAGUGAAGCGAACGGGCAGGGGUCCGUGCCAGGCUAAAAGCAAACCCUAGCCGGCCAGCUGUCCUGUCCAUUCUGCUCUCCAAUGUCCGCUCCCUGGACAAUAAAAUGGACUCCAUCCGACUCCAACGUAAUACUCGGCAGGAGUACAGAGUUUGCUCCGCGUAUGUCUUCACAGAGGCAUGGCUCACUGAUGGGAUUUUGGACGGUGACAUCCAGCUAGAUGGGCUGGCUUUGUUUUGUUCGGACAUAGAUGCAGCUGUCUCCAGUAAGGUCCGCGGUGGCGGUGUCUGUGUUUAUAUUGACAGGGAAUGGUGUAAGAACUCUGUGCUAGUUUCCAGACACUGCUCAUCGUUAGUGGAGUUUGUGGCAGUUCGAUGCAGACCAUUUAUUUGCCACUGGAAUUCACCUCUGUCCUCGUAUUCGGUGUCUACAUUGCCCCCAGCGCUAAUGCUAAGGAGGCGCUCUGUGAACUGUACGGGGCUAUUAGUGAACUGCAGAACACACAUCCUAAUGGUCUGUUUAUUGUCGCCGGUGAUUUUAACCACGUGAACCUUAAGUUAGUGCUUCCCAAAUUCCAUCAGUAUGUGGACUUUGCAACAAGGGGGGAGAACGCAUUGGACCUAGUUUACAUAAAUAUUCCCGACGCGUACCGGGCAGAGCCCUGUCCCCACCUCAGAUACUCAGACCACAUCUCUGUCAUGCUAAUUCCAGCAUACAGACCGCUCAUCAGGCGUUCCAGACCAGUUCAGAAGCAGGUGAAAACCUGGCCAGCAGGAGCCAUCUCUGCUCUUCAAGACUGCUUUGAGCACACUGACUUGCACAUGUUUAGAGAGGCUACAACUGAUGGCGACUCUACCAACUGAGAGAUGUACACAGCGUUAGUGACCAGCUACAUCAGCAAGUGCAUUGAUGAUGUUACUCUGUCCAAGACCAUCACUAUACGUGCUAACCAGAAGCCAUGGAUGACCGCAGAGGUACAUGCGCUGCUGAGGUCCCAUGACUCCGCCUUCAGAGCAGGCGACAAGGCAGCUUUAACAACAGCAAGGGCCAAACUCUCCCAAGCCAUCAGAGGGGCAAAGCGUGCACAUGCCCAGCUAAUCCACAGUUACUUCCAGGACAGCGGUGACACGUGGCGCAUGUGGAAGGGCAUCCAGCACGUCACCAAUUACAAGACAACAUCACCUGACUGUGCUGGUGAUGCCUCCCUCCCAAGUGCGCUGAAUAACUUAUAUGCCCGGUUUGAGGCGGAAAAUGACAUGGCGGCGAGGAAAUCCACCUCUCCUGCGAAUGACCAGGUGUUGUGUCUCUCCGUGGCCGACGUGAGAAGAACCCUGUGCAGGGUCAACCCACGGAAGGCUGCUGGACCAGACAACAUCCCUGGUAGAGUGCUCAGAGGAUGUGCAGACCAGCUAGCAGGUGUUCUCACUGACAUCUUCAACAUCUCCCUGAGCAGCGCCACCAUUCCAACAUGCUUCAAGGCCGCCACCAUCAUCCCCGUGCCGAAGAAGUCUUCAGUGUCCUACCUAAAUGACUACCGUCCCGUUGCACUUAUAUCCAUCAUCAUGAAGUGUUUCGAGAGGCUUGUCAUGAGGCAUAUCAAGACCCUGCUGUCCCCCUCACUGGACCCCCUGCAGUUUGCUUACCAUCCCAACUGCUCAACAGAUGAUGCCAUUGCCACCACCUAGACAAAAAAGACACCUACGUUCGGAUGCUGUUCAGACUUUAGUUCAGCAUUCAACACAAUCAUCCCUCAGAAUCUGAUUGGAAAGCUGAGCCUAUUGGGCCUGAACACCUUCCUAUGCAAUUGGAUCCUAGACUUCCUGACUGGGAGAUCUCAGUUAGUCCGGAUCGGAAGCAGCAUCUCCAACACCAUCACACUGAACAAGGGGGCUCCCCAGGGUUGCGUGCUCAGUCCACUGCUGUUCACUCUGCUGACCCACGACUGUGCUGCAACACACAGCUCGAACCAUAUCAUCAAGUUCGCCGAUGACACCACCGUGGUGGGUCUCAUCAUCAAGAACAACGAGUCAGCUUACAGAGAGGAGGUGCAGCAGCUAACGGACUAGUGCAGAGCCAACAACCUGUCUCUUAAUGUGAACAAAACAAAAGAGAUGGUUGUUGACUUCAAGAGGGCAUGGAGCAACCACGCCCUGCUGAACAUCAACGGCUCCUCGGUAGAGAUCGUAAAGAGCACCAAAUUUCUUGGUGUUCACCUGACGAAGAAUCUCACUUGGUCCCUCAACACCAGCUCCAUAGCAAAGAAAGCCCAGCAGCGUCUCUACUUUUUGUGAAGGCUGAGGAAAGUCCAUCUCCCACCCCCCAUCCUCAUCACAUUCUACAGGGGUUGUAUUGAGAGCGUCCUGAGCAACUGCAUCACUGCCUGGUUUGGAAAUUGUACCAUCUUGGAUCACAAGACCCUGCAGCGGAUAGUGAGGUCAGCUGAGAUCAUCGGGGUCUCUCUUCCCGCCAUCACGGACAUUUAUACUACAUGCUGCAUCUGCAAAGGAAACAGCAUUAUGAAGGACUCCAUGCACCCAUCAUACAAUCUCCUCUCCCUCCUGCCAUCUGGGAAAAGGCUCCGAAGCAUUCGGGCUCUUAUGACCAGACUAUAUAACAGUUUCUUCCUCCAAGCUAUCAGACCCCUCAAUACCCGAAGCCUGGACUGAAACCUUGCCCUACUGUCCUGUUUAUUAUUUAUUGUAAUGCCGGUGCUGUUAUUGUGCACUUUAUACAGUCCAGUGUAGGUCUGUAGUCUAGUAUAGCUUUCUCUAUUUUUUUUUAUUAUGUAGUUCAGUCUAGUUUUUGUACUGUGUCAUGUAAACCAUGGUCCCGAAAAACGUUGUCUCAUUUUUACUAUGCACUGUACCAGCUGUUAUGGUCGAAAUGACAAUAAAAGUAGACUUGACUUGACUUGAUGAAUCACCUUCUUGAACCACUGCAGUCCUUCACAGAGCUGUUGGGAGUUUCAGGGUCUAGACAUGGUAACGGUAAACUACCGGAGAGUUUGUUACAAGACUGGACUUGGAGAGGAACCUGCAGUUUAACCAUAUAAUGUAACCAUAUAACAAUUACAGCACGGAAACAGGCCAUCUUGGCCCUUCUAGUCCGUGCCGAACGCAUACACUCACCCAGUCCCACUGACAUGGCGUUUAUGGCGUUCUAUUCUGCCAGUUGCUGUUCUCCUUCUACAUCAAAGGUUUGGAGAACCAUUUUUGGGUCAGAACUGAAGUUUGUAGUAUGAAAUUCAGCCAGCACUUUAGUGAGGUCACUGGAUACAAAAGGUGAUGUCAAACAAUGUCUAUAAUCCUUAUUUGAGAAAACAUUUAAAAUUCCACUGUGCAUACAAGUCCUGAGAACACUUGAGCAAGUCUUUAGUUAAGGUUGACUUUGGCAUUAAAGAUACAGGUGCUGGGAAGUUUGUGAACCCUGUAGAAUUGUCCCCAUUUCUGCAUAAAUAUGAUAUAUAUAUAUUAAAAAUUAUAUAAUAAUUUAUAUAAUUAUAUAAAUGUAUAAAUAUAAAAUGUGAUCAGAUCUUCACACGUCCUAAAACCAGAUAUAGUGAACCCAAUUAAACAAAUAACACACAAAACAUUAUACUUAUUCAUUUAUUGAGAAAAAUGAUCCAAUAUUACAUUUAUUUGUUGGAUGUGAAUCUUUGCUUUCAGUAACUAGUACACCAAUAACUUCAACCAAACAUUUCCAGUAACUGUUGAUCAGUCCUGCACGUUGGCCAUUCCUGCUUCAACUCUAGGAUGUUGGCGAGCUUUGUUGCAUGAGCUGCUUGCUUCUAUAAGAUUAAGCUUCAGGUGAUGGACUGCUACCCUGACAUUCUCCUGUUCUAUGUCUUGGUACAACUUUAAAUACAUUGAUCCCUCUACGAUUGCAAGCUGUCCAGGCCCUGAGGCAACAAAACAGUCUCAAACCAUGAUGCUCCUUCCACCAUGAUUUACUGUUGGGGUGAAGUUUUGGUAUUGGUGAGCAGUGCCCUUUUACCUCCUAACAUAGCAAUGCUCCUGGCACAUCCUGUAAAUUAAAAUUGCCAGGUAGUUUAGUGAUGACAUAAGGAUGGCAACAAAGAUGACAAAAUCCAAAACUCGCUGCCCCACGGUGGUGUUGCUGGUUGCAAAUUCCAAAGUGAAUUGUUUGACAAAGAGUGGAAUAUGGAGCCAAGAUCAUUUAUAAAGCUAAUGAAAUACUCAAGAUAGCUUCACCUAAAUGGUGCCUUGAAUAAACCAGCCCUUACCCUCACUCUUUAUUGACAAUUCACAAAGCUGUAUAUAACCCAGGGUUUACUGACAGGGACUAUCAAUGGUGCCUUUAAGAAAAAGAACAUAGCCCUGUUGUGUUUCAGACGUGAAGACUGUGAUUUUUGUGUUUUUCCACUAACUGCCUCUUUCCUACAAU